UUCCGAUAGAAAAUUAAAAAAAAUAAUAAUUUUCUUGAGUUUUCAAGACUUUUUCACACAUCAAAAGGUAAUGGAAGUGAAUUUGCCGAUCAAAACAGGAAUUUUUAUUUUGGUAAUUCGUUUAUUGAGUGCUGUCAAUUGAAAAAAGGCGACUCGAAAAUGUUCAGUUCAGUCGAUCUUGGGGCAGAUUCUGACGACGAAUCGUCUUCCUCCGCGCCAAAAGAUCCCGAAAAAGAGCUCGAUGAGUUCCGAAAUCAAUGGAAGAGCGAAAUUAAAGGCGAAUCUGCCUCCGUGAAGGGCAAUAACAACAACGAAACAUCCGAUCUCGUUGAAAAUUUGUCAGAAUUGAGCUUGGAUCCGAAUGAGGAACAAAGAGCGACGCAACUUUUCCUUCAAGGAGCUGAAUUGGAGAGGAAAGGAAAGUUGUAUGAUGCUAUUCGACUUUACAGGAGGGCGAUUCAGCUUGUGCCGGAUAUCGAAAAGAGAAUUUAUGAGAGAAAUAAGAUGCAGAGUAAGGUAAAAGGCGAGAAACGAGACAAAAAUGAGGAUAAAACGAACAAUAACGAAGAAAAUGACAAAGAAGAAGAGAAUGAAGAGGAGUUGGAUGACGACGAGGACUUGUCAAAUGUCGAUUUACUGCUUCGCUUUCAACUUUUCUUGCAAAAAUCCGGGCAAAUUUGCAAAAGAAGCGGCAGUGAUAAGGUUUUGAUAACGACAGGAGCUCAUUUUUGUGAUUUACCGGCGGAAAUUAUCCUUUAUAUCUUCAGAUGGGUCGUUUCCAACGAAUUGGAUGUGCAAUCUUUGGACAAAUGUUCGGAAGUUUGUAAGGGAUUUUACGUUUUUGCGCGUGACACGGAGAUUUGGAGGGCAAUUUGUGUCAAGGUAUGGGGCGUCAACGUUGGUCUUCUCGAUGACUCCCCUUAUCUCUCCUGGCGUCAAAUGUUUUACGAACGGCAUCGCGUACUCUUUUCCGGCGCCUAUAUCAGCAAAACCAGCUACCUAAGAUACGGCGAAAACAGUUUCCAAGACCAAUAUUACAGGCCAAUUCACUUAAUCGAGUACUAUCGCUUCAUUCGAUUCUUCCCAAAUGGCACUUUGAUGAUGUACACGAGUUCCGACGAGCCUCAAAACUCCGUGGCAAAGCUGAAAAACGUCGCAAAUGCUGCUUUUGACACGACAAUCCACACGGGGCAUUAUCGCUUGCACAACGACAUGGUCAUAAUUGUGCUUAAACCGCGUCAAAAUCCAAUCCAACAGCGUGGAAGACGUCAAAAGGGACAAAAUCCCGAUGAAAACAGGAAUCGCGUCUUUUGUAUCGAACUAAAAAUCCAAAAUUCAUCAAAACGGAAGUUCUGCAAACUCGAAUGGUCGCAAUAUUCGAUGAUUCAAGUGAAAAAUAAGCGAGAGGAGACGACGCCGUUCGAUUUGACGCCCAACAUGUAUCCGCCCUUUUGGUUUUCGAAGGUGAAAAAUUAUCAUUCGGAAGCAAAUGCAGCUCUUACCUGAAUUUUAAUUAAAGUUUCUUAAGGAAAAUUAAAAAAUGUUAAAUUUUUUUGAAAUAAAAAUGGACA